CAAAAAAUUAUUUUCCUCAAAAACCAAACAAAAAAAUUUCCGAUUCAUCUUCAUCUCCAUUUCAACCGGUCCUAUCGUUCUGAAUAAAAUAAAAUAUCAUAUAACUUAUUCAAUAAACGAUAUGGAGAAUUUAACGGCGUUGUAUACGGGGUGGGAGGAGGUGAUUGUAUCGAACGAGAAGGGGCGGCGGCAGGUCCACUAUUACCUUAAACGUAGCAGUGGCGGGGCAGAUCUGGUGGUUGUCGGAAAAGAGAAGAGCCCAAGGCACAUGUCGUAUUAUUACGCGGUUAAAGAUAACAAGUCUUUGCUUUCGACCUUGAAGUUUUCUUCUCUCUUGAAGCUGCGGUCAAGAAGAGAGGUCAUCGAUUGGCUAAAUACAAUUGUUCCGGAUGCACAUCCACGACCUUCAUGUAAACAAUUUGAUGGUUUUAUGCAAAGCAAAGACAGUCACAAGUUGGAUAGUGAUAUUAUCGAGGAUGUUCAAAUGUGGAAGCCGGGUUACAAGGCAGAGUUUCUGUGGUUAGGUUCACCAUGGAGUUGUCAAAAAAGGCGCAGCCACUAUGAAUCCUUUUGCCGGAAUGGUGUAAAAGUAUCUGUUCAUGACUUUGUGUAUGUGUUGGCCGAAGAAGGUAAACGGCUUGUUGCAUACGUAGAUGAUAUGUACGAGGAUUCUCGUGGAAACAAGAUUGUUGUGGUUCGAUGGUUUCACAAAAUUGAUGAGGUUGGUUUUGUUUUGCCUCGUAACUAUAAUGACAGAGAGAUUUUCUUUUCUCUUUGUUCUCAAGAUCUCAGCAUCGAAUGCAUAGAUGGACUGGCAACCAUCCUCAGUCCGGAGCAUUAUGAGAAAUUUUUUAAUGUGGCCACAGAUAUGCAGUUGGACCCAUUUGUUUGCUGUAGACUGUUUGAUAAUGAUGGUGUCAAGGCAUUUGACAUCACACGAGUUGAAGGUUACUGGAAACAGAAAGUACUGAGAAAUAUUUCCCCUGCAUCACUUGAAACGUCUGAUGAUGAUACAAUGGUAGAAGAAACUUUUAGUGAUGCUGUUGGAAGUAGACCCAAGAAGAGACUUCGCUGGUCCAAAGAGAGUGAAACAGACUUGUAUUUUGCUGACAAAAGAGAGUCUACUGAUGCCGGCAUACAAGAUCGAAGUGGUUAUCUUUACAGAUUUGAAUGUGGCACGGGAAUCAGACUGAAAGGAGGACGCUCUUCUGUAUCCUUAUCAGGGAAAGAUGCAGUGUUGCCAAUGUGUAUUCAAAGUUUGACCAUAGGAUCUCAAGUUGAAGUGCUUUCUCAAGAUAGUGGCAUCAGAGGGUGCUGGUUCAGAGCUUUAAUCAUCAAGAGCUACAGAGAUAAGGUCAAAGUGAAGUAUCAAGACAUCGAGGAUGCAGACGAUGAUGCAAAAAAUCUGGAGGAGUGGGUUUUGGCAUCUCGAUUAGCUGUGCCAGAU